AUGGAUCCAUCAAAAGAGGCGAUUCUUUUUGAAUAUAUACCAAAAGUAUUAUUUGCAAAACCUCAAUUAAAUGGUGAAAAACCGCAAGCAACAACAACAACAACAACAAAUGGUAGUAACAAUAAUAACAACAACAACAACAACAACAACAACAACAACAACAACAACAACAACAACAACAACAACAACAACAACAACAACAACAACAACAACAAUAAUAAUAAUAAUAAUAAUUCCAAUGACGAAGGUGGUGUUAUUAUGACCAUUAUGUUAAAUGGUGAUUGUUUUUUUUAUCCAACAAGUGCAGAUUUAUUGGACCAAUUACCAGACGUUUUCAUGAAUAAUACAAGUCAAAUCAAUUAUACAUAUAAUAAUAGUAGUAGUAGUAUGAACUCUAUAAAUAGUGCAGUUAGUAAUAGUCUCAAUAGUAUUAAUAGUAUCAAUAACAAUAAAAAUGGAGCAAACGCAGGAACGACAGGUGCAAAGAAGAAUAAUAUGAAAUCGAAAUAUAAUAUACCUUUACAUUUAUCACCAGAAUAUAAAGUUUAUGCUUUUGAUUUUAAACAUUUAGAUCCAAAUGAACCAUUUGUAUAUAAACCAAAUACAACACAUGUUUCAACUGAUUCAAAGAAAACUAAUAACAAUAAUAACAAUAAUAAUAAUAAUAAUAAUAACCAACAAGAUUUUUUUAUACCAAUUAGAUUUAGAAAACCAAGAAAAUUAUUAGUUAGUCAUGAUAAAAAAUUAUUAAUGAUUAUUGGUGCAACUAUUAAAGGUGUUAGUAGUUUAACAAUUUAUAAAAUUUUAAAAGAAGGACCAAAUUAUUUUCAAUUAUUAUUUUAUGAUACAAGUUUUACAUAUUUAGAUGCAUGUUUUACAUCAGAUUCAACAGCAAUGACAUCAAUUUUAGCGAGAUAUCCAAAUUUUAUAUUCAUAUUACAGAUUCCAGGUAUUCAAAGUAAACCUAGUGUUUGUAAUUCACAUCCAAAUGAUCCAGUUGUCAAGGAUACAGAAAAGGAUUCAAGAUUAAUUGAUACAAUCGAUUAUCAAGAGAAGAGGGUAAUAUUUGAACCAAGAAAAAUUGGACCACUUGCAAUUGUUGGUCCAGUUAAGAAUUGUUUAGGUCAACCUUAUCAUAUGACACAUAUAGCUUCAAAUCCAAAUUUGUUUCCUGAUAAAGUUAAAGCAUUUGAAUUUAUUACUUGGAAUGAUGAUAAUAUAGGUGAAUGUUGUUUUUGGAAUAUUUUUAAAGAUCAACAAUCAUCUCAUGGUAUUAGUAGUGGUGGUAGUGGUAGUGGUGGUAGCAAUAAACAUGGUGGUAGUGGUGGUGGUAGUAGUGGUGGUGGUGGUGGUGGUGGUGCUAAUAAUCAUCAAUCACCAUUAAGAAAUAUUCCGUCAUUAAAAUUUGAGUGGAUGACAAAAUUUGUAGGAUCAAUUGUACCAGAUAGAGCAUGGAUAGAAAAAGAAUCAUCACCAAAGACUCAAAUCAUUGAUAUGAUUUUCUCACCACAUGGUGAUUUAAUAAUGACUGUUGUCAAAAAAGAAAACCAUGAUCAUAAAAAUAAAUCAUCAAAUGGUAUUGGAUUUCAAUGUAUUCCAUCGACUUUGGAAUUAUUGAAUUUUAAUAGUCCUACUGAUAACAGCAACAGCAGUAAUACAUCAUUAUCAAGUAAUAAUAAUAAUAAUAAUAACAAUAAUAACAAUAAUAAUAAUAAUAAUAAUAAUAAUAAUAAUAAUAAUAAUAAUAAUAAUAAUACUAGUAAUUAUAAUCAAUAUAAUUUUAAUAAUAAAAUUAAUAGUUAUAAGAUUGGUAAUCAAAAUAACCCAAUAUUAAGUAAAGGUAUGAUUGGUGGUGAUUUAACGAGUUCAUGGUUUCAAAUAUCGGAAUCAUUCGAUAAGAGUAUAAUUUUAUCAAGUAAAUGGACAGAUUCAUUAUUUUUUGGUGGAUCAUCUCAAUUAUUACCAAGUGUAUUGGUAAAGGAUAAAGGUGUCUAUGAAUUAGUUUCAAAUAACUAUUGUGCUCAAUUUACAAAUGCUUCAGAGGAAUUUAUGAAAACUUGUGUAAACUUUAUUCAAUUAGGUAAAUAUCAUAGAUUAUGGAUAUCAUGUUAUGGUACUCUCUACUCUAUUACAAUGACUCCAAAGAAUGAAAAAUUCAUUGAAUGGAUUCCCACUGUCUUUGAAACUCUACCUCAAAAUUCAACUGCUCGUUCAAAUAAUUUAUCUCAUUCAAAAUAUUUUAAAGUUUCUCAAAUGAUUGGUUAUUCUUUAAUUGAUUUUUCAAAAGAAUUUAAACCAGAAAUAAGUACAAAACAUUUAAAUAAAAAGAAAUUGGAAGAUUUAUUAGCAACAAUUCAAUCUACAGGAUCAAUUGCAGAGAGAUCAGGAAAAGGUGACGCUGAAAUUUAUGCUUGCUUACAUUUAUAUAGAUGUUGGAGUUGUAAACAGACCUUAAUGAAACCUUUAAUUUGUGGUUAUUGUAAAACUGUUGCUUAUUGUUCAAAAGAUUGUCAAAAAGAUCAUUGGCCAAUUCAUAAACCAUCUUGCACCCCUCCUAUCUUACCAUUAUUAGUUCAUCAACAUAAUCAACAGCAACAACAUCAACAACAACAAAUUCAACAAUUACAACAACAAAUUCAACAACAACAUCAACAAAUUCAACAACAACAUCAACAAAUACAACAAACUAGAGAAAAGGAAAGACAACAACAACAACAACAACAACAACAGCAGCAGCAGCAGCAACAACAACAACAAAAACAACAACAACAACAGCAACAACCACCACAAAAACAACCACAACAACAACAAAAACAACAAAAAAAAUCAGAGGAAUCAUUAGAAGAACAAUCAGAAGAUCAAUCAGAGGAUCAAUCUGAAGAACAAUCAGACCAAUCUGAUGAUCAAUCAUAUUACCAAUCUGAUGCUGGUGAAGUACCAUUACGAGUACGACGACCAUUGGCCCUAAAACAGGUUCAUGGAAAGUACCAACAAGCACACCUACAACAAAUGUUGAAAGCAGGAUUACUUUCAAAUAAGGUGAGUGGGUUGGAAGGUACUAACUCUGUUGGAAAAGAAGAAGGUAGUAAUAAUAUUACAUUUACAAGACAUAUUACAGGAAAAGUAACUCAGAAUUAA